UAUUCGGAUUUCUUUGUAGCGUGUGGUUAUGCACAACGCAAAGUUCUCCACGAAAUGCAGAAAGUGCUAACAUUGACUCAAGAGGAAUGUUUACAGACCAAAGAACGUGAACCAAUAGAUCGAAUUCCUCUGGUUACUACAUUCAACCCCCAUACCACAUUUAUUGCAGAAAUUGCUAAACGAAAUUGGAACUUUCUCAAAUCAAAAGAAAGAUUAUCACUCAUCUUCAACAAGCCACCUUUAGUAGCCUACCGACGACCGAAAAGUCUACGAGACAGACUUGUUCGUUCAAGAUUUGUAAAUGAAACACCUCAGAAUUUGAUACCAAAGGGAUGUAGAGCAUUUGAAAGAACGAAGUGUAGUUGGUGCAAAAAGAUCAACCAGACCACAACUUUCACCAGUCCCAAUAACAACAAGAGCUAUACCAUAUUUCAUACAGUGGAAUGCCAAUCGUCAUGGAUCAUUUACAUAAUCGAGUGCAACAUUUGCAAACUUCAAUACAUUGGCAAAAGCGAAACUGCAUUUAACCAACGGUUAAACAAUCACAGAAACCAUAUUAAAAAGGGAGUGAGUAGCUGCGAACUCACGGAACACUUUUUACAUAACAAACGAACUCACGACUUUAACAAUAAUGUUACCAUAACCAUUAUAGAGCAAAUCCGAAAAGAUCAUUUAGAGACUGACAAAAAGAAAGAAGUCCUUAGAGAAAGAGAGAUUUUUCGGCAAAGAACAUUAAACUCCUUUCAGCCAUAUGGACUAAACAAAAGAACUGGAUAA